AGCACCACCUAAUUUUUCUCAUUUUAUGACACACCUAAAUUAUACUGCAUUUUAACAUUAUUUAUUAAAAUAUUCUUAUUGGAUUAUAAAUAUUUUGAAUAGAUAUUUUAUAAUUUUUAUAUUCUAAGGCUGUCACGACGCACGCGCAGUAGUUACAUUGCCUAAAAUCUCCCAGCGCCAUAUUGAGAGGCGGACGUUGUAUGACUUGAGUGUAAAACCGUGGUUAGUGCAAUAAAUUGAAGUGAAAGACUUGAUCGUGCCCUAUGGAUAUAUAUUUGGGAGUGGUGUGCCUCGGUUGAAAGGCCUGCCGAAAGGACAGGGCUGCCCGCGCGAGGACGAGUUACGACCCUCCACUCUGAAGAAACAUGGAGUGCUGCAUGUCAGAAGAAGCCAAAGAACAGAAAAGAAUCAAUCAAGAAAUAGAGAGGCAACUUCGAAAGGACAAACGAGAUGCCAGGAGGGAGCUCAAAUUGUUGCUGCUCGGUACUGGCGAGUCGGGCAAGUCUACAUUCAUCAAGCAGAUGAGAAUCAUUCACGGGUCGGGCUACAGCGACGAGGACAAACGCGGUUUUAUCAAACUGGUGUACCAGAACAUCUUCAUGGCAAUGCAGAGUAUGAUAAGAGCUAUGGAUCUACUCAAAAUACAGUAUGGAAAUCCGUCCAAUGCAGAACAGGCGGAGUUAAUUUCUGCAAUCGACUUUGAAAGUGUGACAACGUUUGAGAGUCCGUACGUGGAGGCUAUCAAGGGACUGUGGGCCGACGCCGGCAUUCAGGAGUGCUACGAUCGUAGGCGAGAGUACCAACUAACAGAUUCGGCGAAAUAUUACUUGCAGGAGAUCGAUCGUGUCGCGGCACCAAAUUACUUACCGACAGAACAAGACAUACUGCGCGUGAGAGUGCCCACAACGGGCAUCAUUGAAUACCCAUUUGACCUGGAAGAGAUAAGAUUUAGAUUUCUAGGACGGGUUUGGAAAUUUUGUCUGUCAUUUAGGAUGGUGGACGUCGGUGGACAAAGAUCCGAAAGAAGGAAGUGGAUCCAUUGUUUUGAAAAUGUCACAUCCAUCAUAUUCUUAGUAGCUCUUAGUGAAUAUGAUCAAAUUCUAUUCGAGUCUGAAAAUGAGAACCGAAUGGAAGAGUCAAAGGCAUUGUUCAAGACGAUCAUCACAUACCCGUGGUUCCAGCACUCGUCGGUAAUUCUGUUCCUCAACAAAAAGGAUUUGCUAGAAGAGAAGAUCAUGUAUUCACAUCUGGUAGACUAUUUUCCGGAGUACGAAGGCCCACAACGCGACGCAACGGGAGCGCGCGAAUUCAUCCUGCGAAUGUUCGUCGACCUGAACCCGGACGCCGAGAAGAUUAUUUAUUCCCAUUUCACUUGUGCGACGGACACCGAGAAUAUUCGGUUCGUAUUCGCCGCCGUGAAAGACACCAUCCUACAGUCCAACCUGAAGGAGUACAACCUCGUGUAGGUGACGCCGGGCCAGCCGACACCGAUCUGUGAUCACUCCAUGGCGGAAUGUGUACUGUAUCCACGAACUGAGCUCGCUCGACCGAUGGACGUUGUUCACCUUAAGGUUAUGAGAAGUAAGGUUUAGAUUGUAAGGCGUACAGGCCGGCCCCGGGUCGUCCCGGGAUCUUUUUGACAUGUUUUUUUAUGAUGAGGUAAUCCACAGUUUAUGUAUGUGUCUAUAUUGAUGAAUAUUGUGCAUUUUAUAUUAGCUCGCGGGCGACCACGAACGCGGGCUGCUUUUAGUCAUUGUUUUAAGAUUUUUGUAAAGUUUGUUGCCAUAAUAUACAACUACAUUAGUAUACAAUUACGUCCAGAGGAAUGGAUUUGAACAAACUAGUCCAAGAUGCGGGUCGGUGGCUGGCCUCGUGCGGUUCAACUAUUUCUAUGACGUUUAGUGAAAGCAAACCGAGCCAGGUAAGAUGUUCUUGUGACCGGCUUCGGUUCAGCCGAAUAGCCUCUUCCGACGCGAUGUCUCUUUGUAGCCUAUGGCCUGGCUCGACCUUCCCUUGAACAAUUUUAAUGUUAUAAACUGAAAUGUAGUUGCGAGGUGAUAUUGUCAUUGGAAGUCAUAAUGGACUGCUAUCGGAGACCGCCACUAACCUAUAAAGUUCAAAUGAUUUACAAAUUUUAUUUAUUUAUUAUUAAUUUUUAUAUUGGCACAUUAGAUGAGUUAAUUUAUUGUGUAAUAAAAUAAAUAUAAAUCUGCAAUUGAUAAUUUUCGUAUAUUGUAUAAUAUUUGUAGCUAAUUAUUAUCAUGUAUGGGAAUGCGUCGAGGGUCCCCGACGGUGACUUGAUACCGGUGUUCUUCACCACAAACCGGUUUGUUAUAUGUGGACUAUUUAUUAUUAUUAUUUUUAUCUUAUGUUUUGAUUAUUGGGUGUGUUACAAUUGUGUACAUUAAUGUAUAUUUUUAAAAUAUUUCUACAGGAUUGACUCGACCCAAGCUCAGAUGUUUACAAAUUAACCUAAAUAUUGUGUCCGGUAUCCAGUUUUCGUUCGGGGGCCUGCUGCGCCCUAAACACAUAACAACAUACCUACGUUAGUUAUAUAAGGACAUUUUUAAAUGCAUUUGAUAAAAACCUUUUUUACUAGAAACCCAAUUAAUAACGAUAAAGCGAAAUGUGACAUGUGUUAAAUUUUAAAAUGAUGUUUUUGCACGGAAGCUUGCAACAGUAUGUAAUAUAUUGUACAUUUGGGUUUAAAUGUGCUGAGUGGAAUGAGCUACCGACAGUGCUAUCAGCCAGUUUUUGCUAUUGGCACGCCCGUGUCUACCGACAGUGCGUCAGCGACUAUGUUUUGUCUAGUGUGACAUUGACAGCUAUGAAGCGCCCCUGGCGGCCACUAAGGGAACUGACGCGUGUACGACUGGGACGCUCGCGGUAGACGAAUGAAGCCCAAACUAUGCGAACACUUACAUUGUUUUGUUUCUUCCAUAUUUAAGAGUAUUUUAGUUAUGCUUAAUUAAGUGUGCUGUUUCGUGUCUAUGAUUAGUUAUUUUACGUAUAGUAAGCAAACAGAGAUUCUAUUUUGAUCAUGUAACUUAUUCGUAUUAACUUAUUUGUUGUUUUGACUUCCUGUGUGUAACUCUCGGUACUCCGCGAUACCUAGCACAGUCAAUAGCAAAACUGAUUGCUUCGUACAAAGUAACAGCUGUCCUGAAUGCUCAAAAUGUGAAUUUGGAACUUAGCGCACAAACGGUAUCGUACCUCGUACCCAAACUAAUGUCUGUACAUAGGGAAUUAUAAUUUGUGCAAUCUUACAGCGAGGUAUUUAUUUUAAUUCGGCGUUUCGGUUUAUAACUCGCGCCGGCGGCGUGCCAACAUUUCGCGGCCAUGUUAUGAUUUGCUUAGAUUUUUUAUGAAAUUGUUAUUUUACCUAGAUGUAAUUCAAAGUGUUUAUUGUAGAGGGCAGAUCGCUCGUGACGUCGAUUUGAAAUGACUGUGCGUUUAACCAAAGAACAUUUUUAUGAAAUUUAUUGUCUUAACAUUGAUUUGCAGUCGUCUUGAAUGACGCCGCGGGCGGCCCCGAUCACAUCUCACUUUUUCACUCGUUAUAAGUAUGUAUUCAAUGGUUGUUAAAUAAUUUUAUUCAUGUACACGUACUUUAACCCGAGGACCAAUUCUAUGUGUAUACUUAAAUCACUGUCAUUGAAUCGAAUCGAAUAGUUUGUUUCUUUUGUUAUUAUUUACGUGCAAUACUAAGUGCAAUCAAUCGUCAGAAUAUGUUCUCGAAAAUAAACUUACCUGGAAGAUUUCAUCCGUGUAUAUUAUUAUGUCUUGAUUUAAAUAUAUUAUUAUUAAGAGUACCGUAAUAUUUUAUAAUGUGCAAUUCGGAAUAUAAUUGGACGUAAUUCCAGAGAAAACAAACAAUCAUGUCGAAAUUGAGUUAAGAACACAAAACUGGUCACGUGAUUCAUAUUAACGGACUGACAAAAAAAGGAUGCCUUACUGUCACUCUUUCAAUGAUAUCAUAACUUGGUAUGGAAUACACUAAUGUUUAAUAAACUUUAAUCACGAAUUCCUUAAAAUGUGAUGUUUGUGACUUGGAACGUUUUUAGGAACUACAUCCAAUUAUAGGACUUUAUUUGCUUAAUGCACAAAUAUUUUAACAUGUCAAGUGACCUGUUUAUGCCAUAGGCGAUGCGCACGCCGCAACAAGUGAACAGUGAAGAGCACAAAAUAUGUUGAACUAUUAGGUAUGUUGUCGCCGAGUUACCUCUGAACGACCACGUUAGCUUUAUUUAUACAUAUUAUGAUUAUACAGAACGGUUUGUUUAUAGUUAUUUAUGCAACUGUUGUGCAAUAAGGGGUAUUAAAACGCGAAUGUGGUAAUAGUAUCAAAUGAGUGUUUUAAUAGCUAAUUAUCAAUAGUUGCAUACAAGAAUUUAUCUACACCCCUAAUAUGAAUCCUCUACAAAAGAUUCUGAAACCGUUAGCUUAAUGCUAACAUUAAAAAAGCCAGUCCUAGUAACCAUUACAUCAUCCAAACGAGUGUUGUAAUGUUGUACUGAAUUUCAUUACAACACUCGUUUGGUUGAUGUUAGUGGUUAUUAGGGCAUUGGGUGUUUUAAUGUUGGCAUUAAGCUAACUGUUUUAGAAUCUUUAAUAGAGGAUUUAUAGCAUGGGUGUAGAUAAAAUAAUGUUAUAGCUUUAUUAUUGAUGUCGGUAAAUGUUGGCACGCGGCCGGAAGUCGGACCAAACGCCAUCUUCCUUUCACGUUUGGACUGAAUUUCAUAUACUGGUGUGAUUUUAUUUUACGAUUGGACGAUGUCUACAUAUAUAUCUAAAAUAUUGCUAAAACUUUACUAUAGUCUAACGUUGCUUUACCUUUUUGCGUGAGAUUGUGAGAAUUUUAGCUUAAGUUUGGACUGAAGAUGGAUGCCUGUAUGUAAUAUUGUAAAUUAUAAUUUCUCAUAAAAUAUAAUUUUUUUUCAGCUA